GCGACCAUGAUGUCGGGCCAGUCGAUCACCGACCGGAUCACGGCGGCGCAGCACAGCGUCACCGGCUCGGCCGUCGCCAAAGCCGUCUGCAAGGCCACGACCCACGAAGUCAUGGGCCCCAAGAAGAAGCACCUCGACUAUCUAAUUCAGUGCACAAACGAGAUGAAUGUGAAUAUUCCGCAGUUGGCAGAUACCCUUUUUGAGAGGACGGCGAACAGUAGCUGGGUUGUAGUAUUCAAAGCUCUAAUUACAACGCACCACCUCAUGAUGUAUGGAAAUGAGCGCUUUAUCCAAUACUUAGCAUCUCGAAAUACACUGUUUAAUCUAAACAACUAUCUGGAUAAAAGUGCAAUGCAGGGCUAUGAUAUGUCUACCUUCAUCAGACGAUACAGCAGAUACUUGAAUGAAAAAGCACUUUCUUACAGACUUGUAGCAGUUGACUUCACCAAAAUGAAAAGAGGGAUUGAUGGCGUAAUGAGAACAAUGAAUACUGAAAAACUUCUGAAAACCCUUCCAAUUAUUCAGAAUCAACUUGAUGCACUUCUGGAUUUUGAUGCAAACCCAAAUGAACUAACAAAUGGUGUAAUAAAUGCUGCCUUCAUGCUCCUCUUUAAGGAUUCCAUUAGGCUGUUUGCUGCCUAUAAUGAGGGGAUUAUUAACCUGUUAGAAAAGUAUUUUGAUAUGAAGAAGAACCAGUGCAAAGAAGGUCUGGAUAUUUACAAAAAAUUCUUAGCCAGAAUGACCAAAUUGUCAGAAUUCCUCAAAGUGGCAGAGCAAGUUGGAAUUGAUCAGGGUGACAUUCCAGAUCUUACUCAGGCUCCCAGUAGUCUGCUUGAAGCAUUGGAGCAGCAUCUGGCUUCUCUGGAAGGAAAGAAGACCAAGGAGGUUUCAGCUGCUAGCAGAGCGAGCACGCUGUCUAGCGCUGUCUCCACACUUGCCAAUACAGGAAUGUCCUUCAGCAGAAUGGACGAGAGAGAAAAACAGCAGGCGUUGGAGGAAGAGCAAGCUCGACUGCAAGCGCUAAAGGAGCAACGACUGAGAGAGAUUUCCGUUGUCCCAAAUUCAACUUCUACGUCUGCCUCUCCAAGUACUUUAUCAGGGAAGAGUGUGAAUACCAAUGCUGCUGUCGACCUCUUUGCAACACCUGCCCCAACCACAAAUAGCAUGCCCAACCUUUCAACAGAUCUCUUUGACCUUCAACCUGCAUUUGUUCCAACUGUACAGAGUACUCCGGCCAUAGCAAGUUCAGCAAGCAGUGCCUGGGGAGGACCUUUCUCAUCCACAAAUGGUUGUGUUGGGUCUCCACCCCACCUGGACCUCUUUGAUAUGAAGCCGGUUGAAGAAGCUGUAAAAAGUACCACCCCUUUUGUGACAUCCACGUUAAACUCCAAACAAACAGUGGAACUAUUUAGUGGAUAUCCUCUCCAUUCCGCUUCCCAGAAAACUGCCUCUUCAACAAUCAAUGUGGACUUUGAUGCUGUAUUUGGCGGAAAGUCAGCAGUGCAUGAGUUUAGAACUGCAACAGUCUUUAAUUUUGCAGAUGAUGUAUUACAACCAUCUGUACCACCACAAAGUCAGAGAGGAGCUUUAGCUGGUCAGCAAAGUGGAAAGAUUUUGGCCAAUGACCUUGACUCUUCGCUUGCUAAUCUAGUAGGAAAUCUUGGCUUUGGAGGAACACCAUCCAAAAAAUCCGACAUGCAAUGGAAUCAGCCUACAGAGAAGAAACUGACUGGCGGAACCCACUGGCAAGCAAAAACGAGCACCUCGACCACAUGGAACCCAGUCCCUACUCCUCCCGCUCCUCAGAUGGUACCAGCUCCAGUAACCUACCCAGUGAAUACACCUCAAGUGCCUGUGUAUGGAAUGGUACCUACGCAGAUUGGAGCUACUCCUAUUAUGGCACCCCAGCCCAUGAUUUAUACCCAGACAGGUCUAAGGCCAACCAAUCCCUUUGCACCUAUCUCUGGAACACAGAUACAGUUUAUGUAGACCCGCCAAAGCAGCAAGAUACUUUGUCAACCAAAUAUUGGUAGAAAGAAGACAGAACUUUAAACGGCAGUCUUCACCAGGGCACAUACCUGCUCCCCAUACAAUAUAAAUUACUUGGAAUUGC